AUGGAAAAUGAUCCCGACCCUAUAUUAAGUAGAACAUCGGAAAACAUUUCACUACAAAGCAAUAUCGUAUCUGAAAACAGUUCUGAAGAUGUCGAAAACACGAAAAGGAAUACUAAAGAUGACAUCAGCUUACAAUGUACAUCCCAAAACCACACAAACACGAACGUGGAUAGAGAACCAGUGUUUGUAUUAGUGGACUCAAGAUGUGUGAGCAGUCCCAGCUCCAGGGAAAUUCUUAUUAAUAAAAUAAAUGUUACACAAGAUUCGACCACCACGACUCCUAAAAAUAAGGUCAUACAUGUCGAUACUCCUUGCACGAGCACAGCAUAUGCGGAAUAUAUAACGACCCAAAGUCGGACCUCCGAAUCCAACGAUGAAUUGGAGAUGAUUGAUAUAAAUUUACAAAGCGACAAUGAUAUUCCCAUUGAUACAAAACCCGAUUCGAUCGUUAUGGCAUAUUUACGAGAUAAAAGCGAAGUUUUAGAUAAAGAUGAACCAACUUCGACAAAAAAAAUGUCGCUACUCGAUAACAUACCCAAAAUGGAAACAAUACCGGAAACUGAGAGGCUUUCAACGUUUUCAAUUCCAUCAAAUUCAAGACAUGAAAGUAUAUCAGAAACUUCAUUGGAUGUACAUAUUCCUUCAUAUCCUGGGUCACCUCGAUCUAUUGGUUUCAACUCAGCUACUUCAAUAGAAUCUAUAAGCCUGCGUAACCCACAAUUGAGAGACGCGAUUGAAUUUCUGCAUCAGGACAAAGAAUUUCUUAUAGCUGCUGAAACUGGUAAUGAUAAGCUCCUUGCAAAGUAUAUAAGACAGGGAACUGACAUACAUCAAUUCGAUCACAUCGGAAGAAGUGCUUUACACUUGGCAGUCUGUUCUGAUAACACAGAUGCUGUUAAAUUGCUGCUGGAAGCUGGUCUGAAUCCAAAUAUCAAAGAUAAUUUAGGGAUGACUCCACUUUCGCUAUCUUUGAUGAGGAGGCCAUCCACUGUUGUAGCUAAUCUUCUUUUCGAGCACGGAGCAGUUUUGAUGCCACGAACAGACCCGAAUGACACCGGCUUGUUUAUUCAAUUUGUUAUGAUGUGCACGCCUACAUCUGAAGAAGAGCAUAUUCUACGACUCCUUGUAGAGAAAGGUGCUGUAAUUAAUGAUCCAGAUGCACCGGGCAAGCGACAAGCCCUCCAUUUUGCGGCUAUGAGCAAUAACAGGAGCUUAAUCCGCAUUUUAGUUGGAAUGGGUGCUGAUUUGUAUGUGAAAAAUCAUAGAGGGGAAACGCCAAAAGAUGUAGCCGAAAUAUUUCAUUGUAAAGAAGCAUUUGACUUACUGAACUAUCUCGAAGAAACCGAAGAAGUAGCAGUAACAGCUAAUUCGAAUACUUUACUCUUUGAAGUCCCGAAAACAUAA